AAGCCCUGUCGCAAAAGCUGACGGAUCAUCGAUCAUAAGAGCUCGCUGCGAUCUGCUCCGAAGCUGAUGUCUGCUUCAUACUAAACCGAACACGAAGACAGAAUUGACGAUUGGUCAGGUUUAUUCUGACAUCCAUGAGCUGAGAUCUGAGUUAAUCUGAUCAUAACUGGUAUCACUCAAGCUUGUCCUGGAAACUGACAGAAUCACAACUCGACUCUGUUUUCUUCUACUGGAGUUAUAUUGCAAGCCACGAGACUCACAGAGCAAAGGAACCUUAUGAAGUUAUGGAUUGUGGAGGGACUAUGACAAUGUAAGAAUUACUUUUUGGGAUUUUUUCCACUUCAUCAUCGGCUUCAGGGUGAUUUCCCAGGUCAUCCAAGCCACACGUGUAUAGCAUCUUUCUUUUUCUAUUGAACUGAGUAUUUUUUAUAGCUGAUCACAAUGUUUCAGCAUAAUAAGAAGUGCUUCACCAUUGAAUCUCUCGUGGGCAAAGACUCCAAUUCCUCAAGUGCAGCCGCGGAUGAGCCCAUCAGACCCACGGCUCUGAGAUUUUCUGAAUCCAUCCAUCCAUCUCCAUUUGGGAGCUGCUUCCAGAACUCAGGCAGAACAUUGUACAGCAGCAGCCCAGAGAUGAUGUUCACAGAUCCGACUUCUCAUACAGCAAACUCAGGCCUGUCCCUGCGACAUCUUCAGAUUCCCACACAGCCCUUCUUCAGUCCUCAUCAGAGAGACACCUUGAACUUCUACCCAUGGGUACUGCGGAACAGAUAUCUCGGACACCGAUUCCAGGGUGAGGACAGUAGCCCAGAAAAUCUGCUCCUACACGGACCCUUCUCUCGCAAGCCUAAGCGCAUCAGGACGGCCUUCUCUCCAUCGCAGCUGCUACGGCUGGAGCACGCCUUCGAGAAGAAUCAUUACGUGGUGGGCGCCGAGAGGAAACAGUUGGCCAACGGGCUGUGUCUGACAGAAACACAGGUGAAGGUCUGGUUCCAGAACAGAAGGACCAAGCACAAGAGACAGAAGCUGGAGGAAGAGUCACCAGACCCUCAGCAGAAGAGGAAAGGCACUCAGCAUGUGAACCGCUGGAGGGUAGCCACUCAACAGGGCAGCCCUGAGGACAUAGAUGUCAUUUCAGAAGACUGAUAUUACACAGCUGUUAUGUUGGCCAAUAAACCAUCGAUCAUGAUGGCGGAUCUCAUUUUCAGACACUGACGUGAAUUGAACUUGACUUGUAAACUAAGGAAAUGAGUCAGAACUAUGCAGUCGGCUCAUAUCAGAGCACAGUAGAACGAAGGACGUCAACGGCUGAACUGCUUUUAAAGACUUGAUUGUAUGCAAAACACAUGGACCUCUUCAUUUGGAUCUCAUUUCAUCUUAGAGCAAUGAAGCCUUUUUUCUACCUUUUUGUUUUUCAAGUUUUUUUAGUUAUCAUCUUGCCCCGUACUAUCAGUCAAAACAUUUCUAUCAUUAUGUAGUAUUUUGAAGAUAAAGAUAAUAAACACAUUGCUAGAUAAUUUUUUAUUGUUUUAGAUUUAUAGUUCAACAACAACAACAGGUCAGUCCAAUAAAUGAAAUACCACUCAUUGUGACAGUUUUAAACAGGAUGUCUGUAGUUUACAAAAAUCUUAUUUACCAAUUUAUUCUGGUAAAAAACCUUCAUAGUCAUAUAGGUUUGUCUUCUUUUAGAAAGCCUCUAGUACAGUUUCACAUUUGAAAUGCUUCUAUUUAUUCUGAAUGAACAUACUUUUCUAUGCAUUUAAGCUCCAAACCCAAAAUCUUAUUUUGUGUUUUACAUAUGGGUCAAAGCUAACACCACUGAAUACAUGCUGUAUUGUGUGAACAUAGUUUUCUUUCUUAGUUUUUUAUAUUGGUAUCACAUUGGCUCUUGAAUUGAUCUCAAAAAUCAGCGAUCUAGAGACGCUACCAGAACUCGACAAAAUCUGAAUUUCUUUCUACACUAAAGAGAAGAGAGAAAAUAAAUGCAGUCUAACCUCUAAGACCCAGAAUGGUUUGUAGCACUUCAUAGCAGAUUGUUUGUUUGUUUUUUUGGGUUUCCUUUAGGGUAAUAAGCACUGU